CCCGGUAUCUUGGAAACAAUCAGAAAAAAUCAUUGUUACAAAUCAAAUAUUUCCAGAAAAAGAUUGCGGAGAAAUGACUUGAAAACUACGUAAAUAUGCCGCCAACGCUAACGAACAGAGAAUUGAAAAAUAAAACAACUGGCAUCGACAUCAUUGUGCCAGAAUAUCAGAUCAUUCCUGGAAAGAUUGUGAACACGGUUCUCUAUCAUGUCAUUGUGAUCACUCGGCUUUUUUAUUUCAAAACAAGGCAGCACAAGGAGUCCGACUUGGUACAGUUUGCGGUCGCAAAAAAGUACGAGGAAGUCGAGGACUUGCAUACAAAACUCGCCGCCAAAUUUCCCAGCGUAAAUUUCCCCUCCCUGCCAAAAAUGUCGCUCAUCGUGACGGAAAAAACGCUCAACGAACGAAAGAAAUUCUUGGAACAGUUGCUCAGCCUGAUCGCCCGCACACCAAAGCUCUGCAGUAGUUCGCCUGUUUUGAAUUUCCUCGAGGUGAACAAAAUCAGCAUAAAACAGAAUCAGCUGCAAGUCCCGGAACAGGAUAAGAAAAAGGAAGAAGAGAAAGAAGAAACUACAGGUAAAACAGAAGAUGAACGCGAUAUUUUUGGCGUGACACAAUACGAAGGGUCUGAUAACGAGAGCGAUUCAAGCAGUGACCAAGAAGAUCUCGAUACUGUGGACAUGAAAAGACCCGUUGAUAAAAAACCAAAACCAAGUGACCCUUUAGCAGGGACAAGUGAUCCAUUAUCAGCGUCUUUUGACCAACAGCCGAGUUCAAGCGAUUCUCAGACGGCAAAUUCGACAACACCUGAAAAAGAACAACCGUCAGAUGCCUUCCUAAAAUCAGGCGGGAAGUUUUCCUUUGGUAGUCAUGAUACUAACGAGAGUGUCAUCAGUGAUUUGUUUAUCCCAGACGAAGCGAAAAUAUCCGGUGAUGUUAAGCUGUUUGUUAGCGAUGAUGAUCCUGAUUUGCUACAAAUCGACGAUGAUAUUGACAAGCUACUAAACUUUUCCAAGAAACCAGUGAAAGUUCCACCAAGUCCCAAGCCCCGCGCGCCAACGAAACCCGACCUUAAACCGCGCCCUACGCCGAAGCCCAGGUUUGCUGAGUCAACCGACGAUACUGAUUUCCUGACUAAACCUGAUAAACCAGUCAAACCUGAUAAACCAGUCAAACCUGACAAACCGGUUAAACCUGGAAAACCGGUCAAACCUGUUAAACCUGAAAAGGCGGUAAAACCUGAGAGUUUUCCCAAACCUGAAAAACCAGUCAAACCUGAGAAACCGGCCAAACCUGAAAAACCAGUCAAACCAGAUCAGAAAAAACCUGACAUACCUGUUAAAACCGCCGCACCACCCAAGCCUAAGCCGAGAAAUAGACCAAAGGCUCCUUCAGACGAAAAGGCUCAAGAAACACCGAAGACUAAAGACGUUACUUCAAGGUCGAAGACAAAGUCAGAUGGUCUUGAUGAUAUUUUUGGUAAUUCUUCGAAAAAAGCAGAUCUGUUUAGUGGAAUUGAUGAUGACGAAGAAGAUCUUUUCAAGCCAGCCGUUGAAGUGGAAGACAUUGACGAUAUCACGAAAUAUAUUGAAAGCAAUAUAGGAAAAGUUGACAGUCAGGAAGUGGAUUUGUUUUCUUGAUUUCAUGUUCAAUUUUCCUUUCACUAACCAAAUCUUUUGCUGUCC